CUUCUUCAAUAUCUGCCACUUACGAUGACCAGAAAGUCAUCAAAAUAGAAUCAAGCACCUUCAGAGAUCUUUCAGCUCAUCCACGAUGCUUACGUUUGAGUCGAUGAUCCAUUCAGCACUAAGCACGCGAGUGCCACAUCAUGCGAUAUGAUUAGUUCGAUCAACCACCCAGGCGCCUAAAAGGUGGGGGUUCAUGCAUUGAGGCUGAUCCCUGUCUUUCAGCUCUGCCAACUCAGCAGAGAGAUCUCUUAUUGAAAUGGAGAUAAACUCCACCCCAGCCUCCUCGCAACAGACUACAGGCUUGUCUGUCUGCCUCAACUUGUUGCAUCUUCACUCUUGGAAGGGUUCUUCCUUCAUAACAUGGCUGCUUUUCUGCGUGCGCUAUGCUGUCGAAAGAACACCACGGACAAAGAUAAAACCACGAGCCAGCCUGUUGUGAAUGAAAAGACUGGGACGUGUUCCUUGUGUUCGUGUCUUCGACGUUUUGAUUAUCGUGAGUCCAAUCGGUAUUUCAGUAUUACAAGGUAUAAUUACAAUCCAAGGGAAUUUAAUGCUAUGCUAAAGGCUCGACAUUCUCUUUUCCAUGAGCAAUGCCCAAGUUGCGACGAUGUCCCCAAAGAUUUGCUCUGCAGGUUUUGCAACCAUCUUAGACCGCGGCACCUGUAUCAUUACAUGACUCAAGGCAUACAAGUUCUUGUGCUAAGCUUUGGGACCUUUCAAGAAAUACGGCAGCGGUCUGGAAAUUGUGUACUUUGCAGCAUUGUUGUCCAAGAAGGGUACUUGAAAGGUUGCAACGCGAUUUCAAAUUGGAUUAUGAGCAUUUCUUUUAGGCCUGAAUACAAGGAUAUACACUUGGAGUUCAGCUUCUACAAGGCAGGCUUUGAAGCUAAAUGCAUUGGUGGGAUUUUUGACAUCACCAAACGGACAGUAUGGCAGCAGCCGAUGGUAGACUGGAGCACAGUCCGCAUCUGGCUAGAAAAUUGCCACAGAGAGCAUGGGGGCUCAUGCGACAAUGGGCUCCUAAACUCACCGCCACACGAAUUUCGACUUAUUGACACGGAACGAGGAUGCGUAGUAAUGGCUCCUCCUUCCUGCAGAUAUGCUACUCUGAGCUACGUGUGGGGUAGCACAGCUGAUGAAAACGCAUUGGCAACAAAAAGUACCAUCAAAAUACUGGAGGAAGAGGGUUACCUGUUCAAAACCCCUAUACCGGCGACCAUUAAGGAUAGUAUCCGUGCAUGCAUCGAGUUGAAGAUACGGUACCUCUGGAUCGAUAGACUGUGCAUUGUGCAAGACGAAACUACCACCGUGAAAGCCUCACAGAUCAAUGCCAUGGGCGACAUAUAUAGCCAUUCUUAUCUCACCUUAGUGGAUUUGGAAGGCGUCACUAUGGAUCAUGGUCUUCCCGGGGUUUCGCAAGCAAGAGCAAGCCAUACCAUUCAUAAGGCAUGCGGACUGAGCAUGAGAGCCAUGGAAGAUAGUUUCCCUACACUUGUCAAAAAAUCGAAAUGGGCAUCCCGAGGCUGGACAUUUCAGGAGGCAAUGCUAUCUACAAGGAUGUUGUUCUUUACAGAUGCAGGUGUAUUUUUCGAGUGCUCCCAAGCUUCUCAGGAAGAUAGAUUUGCACUGUCGACGUCAAGGCAGUUACAGUUCCCACCGGUCACAACAUACGACAAUCUUGUGCACGAACUUUCAUCUAGAUCUUUUACUAUCAAUUCUGAUGUCCUCAGGGCAUUUUCUGGCAUUAUGCAUUGGAAAUAUGGGACGGAGCAUUACUUUGGCCUACCGUACUGUGAAUUCGUGAGGGGUAUGCUCUGGGAUCUCUAUAAAAUGUCAGCCCAUGAAACACCUGUGGCCAGGCGUACAGAAACAGGGGAUAUUUUUCCGACCUGGUCUUGGUCUUCUGUAAUGGGGCCCGUUUACUUGCACAUGAUCGAAAGCACCCAUACAUCAUUACUAGGUGUGUGGGGUACCCCAUCUUCCAGGACUAACGAAACGGUGCACAUCAUUUGGCCUCAUAAUCGACAACUGUCGCGGGACAAGGAGGACGGCUGGGUUCGAGAACUUGGUAUCGUAUUGGCGUGGAAGGAAGGUUGCUUUCCAAGGCCAUUACCGCCAAUUCUGAAUGUCAGCACCACCUGGCAAGAGUAUCGGGCCCUUCUCAAAUCCGGAUGGGCAUCAUUUGAUAAGCUUAACGAGGAGGCGCUUGGGUUAGCAUAUUUGCAGGGGGAGGAGGAUAUCGAAAAUAUAUUUUCCUCGUCUUACAUGGAACAUGCAAAUCAGCCGGGGGCAUUGCUGGCGCAUACCCAGUCCCUUGAAGCUCGAAUGAUCCAGUGGGAAGACAACAAGAACGAAUUUUUUUUUGCAAGACGGUUUGUACAAGUAAUAUUGCACGGAAUGCGUGAUGACAGGGUAGACCUGUGGAUACACUCUCACCCUGCCCAUUGGCAAUUUCUGGACCACGAUUACAGCACGGAUCAUGAUACUAAAUUGAAUGUGCUUGCUCUUUCAAUGAGCCAUCAGUACUACUUCCAUUGCGGAUAUGAUAAUCGAGACAAACAGGGUCGAUGGUAUGAUCCGGAGGGAAGCGUACUCUGCUCUUUCGAUGGCAAAGGUCUCAUAUUUUUGGUCGAUGUAUUGAUUGUCGAAACUCGAGAUGGACUCAGUCGACGAGUGACUAUAGGAAGGGUCGAGCUUCAUGACUGGAUUUCUGCGUCGCCUAAAUUUCGGAACUUCAUACUGGUAUGAAAUGUUUGGAGAGGUAGAUUUUCAUCAGGAGAUAAGUACGCACUGAGGUGCUGUCUGAGUCCAUAUAAUGGAAUAAUUACUGCUUUAUAUAGAUCACAUUGAUUGCCAAUCUUCUUUGCGAGCAGUUUGGCAGUUGAUGAAUUGAC